UGAGACAGCAGGAGAGCAUGGGUUGGGUCCUGAGACAGCAGGAGCACACAGGUUGGGUCCUGAGGAAGCAGCAGUGAGAUGAAAAUGCAGGAGCCUGAUCCCCAGCUCCCUGCUGCUGUCCUCACUGAAGGGACCAACCGAAGUUCUCACUGUGGGCACCUUUGCUUCCCUGGGAGCAGAAAAAGAGAUUGAUUUGAGCUUUUAAGAGUGAAAGCUGCUGGAAUUCAGAAGUUGCCCUCCCUUCUCCUCCAGAAGAUAUGAUUUCCAGGAAGGUGCUGCUGGGAUCUCUUGUCUGCCUGGGUGCUGUUGCUGCAGUUCUCUGGGCUGUAGCUGGGAGUGGAAAAGUGCACUACCUGCCCUACUACCUUCCCUGCCCUGAAAUCUUCUCCAUGAAACUCCAAUAUACAGAAGAGAAGCUAAUCCAGCUUUUCCCCCAAUUAUUUUAUCAGCAGCCAAGAGUGCUGGCGCCAAAGCGCCAGGAUGUGCUGACAGUCACACCAUGGCUGGCCCCCAUCGUCUGGGAAGGGACCUUUGAUCCUGAGAUCCUGGACAGUGCCUACAGACCCCUGAACCUCACCAUAGGGGUGACAGCCUUUGCUGUAGGAAAGUACACGAGGUUCGUGCGUCGCUUCCUGGAGUCGGCGGAGCGGCACUUCCUGCGCGGCUACCGGGUGAACUAUUACAUCUUCACCGACAGCCCCCAGAGCAUCCCCCGGCCCCGGCUGCAGCCCGGCCGCAGGCUGCUCACCGUCCCCGUGCAGAAACACCCCGGCUGGCAGGAGAUCUCCAUGCGCAGGAUGGAGGCCAUCAACCAGCACGUGGCCAAGGAGAGCCACGGCCAGGUGCAGUACCUCUUCUGCCUGGACAUCGACAUGGUGUUCCACAACCCCUGGGGCCCCGAGACCCUGGGGGACACGGUGGCGGCCAUCCACCCCGGCUACUUCGAUGUGCCGCGAGAGCAGUUCCCUUAUGAGAGGAGGAGCUCCUCAGCAGCCUUCAUCCCUGAGGGAGAAGGGGAUUUCUACUACGGAGGGGCCGUGUUUGGAGGCUCGGUCAAGAAAGUCUAUGAGUUCACCAAGAUCUGCCACAUGACCAUCCUGGCAGACAAAGCCAACGGGAUCAUGGCAGCCUGGCAGGAGGAGAGUCACCUCAACAGGCACUUCUUGUCCCACAAACCCUCCAAGCUGCUUUCUCCAGAGUAUAUAUGGGAUGACAGGAAGCCAAAGCCCCCCCAAAUCCGCCUCGUGCGUUUUUCCACGGUGAAUAAGAACUACAAAGAGGUCAGAAACUGACCAUCCCUGCACGCAGAGAUCCUCCAUGCAGCCAAACCCACUAAAAUUAGUUCCUCCAGAAUGUGCCCCACCUUGAAUUUUCGUUCCUGGUAGGAGCAAACUGGGAAGGGGCCAUGUGCACAGUUCCCCUGGAGAACAGAGUCUAAAUGCAUUUCAGAAGCAGCAGUCAAAGUGAAGGUGAGACUGAAAAUGUUUCUGGAUUCCCACUCUUUGUAAAUACAUCCUGCUUGAGGCUGUAGCACACAAAAAGGCAUCCACAAGGCCAGUUAUCCAAUGCAUGGCUGUAGUUGCCUUUGCCUGAGCCUUUUCCCGAGGCCUGGUGGAAGUUUAACAAGAUCAAAAUGGUAUUUGACGUUCCUGUGGAGGAGAAGACCUUGGGUUUUGGUAAAGACCUUUUCACUUCUUUUCACUUUAAAAAAAGGAACAUUGCUGGGCAAUAAAUUUUCCUGAAUUGUGAUUUAAACUAACGCCUUUUGUCAGAAUCAGGAGAAACUUGCACUCAGAGCUCGCUAUCCCUGGCUGGUGUGCAGCAGGAUUUCUUAGACAUUCUCAGCGGAGAGCUGGUGCCAGGCAUUGCCAGUGAGAGCCCUGGUCCGACAGGACAAACAGCGUGAACUCAUCUGGCAGUUAUCUCCCAAAUUCCAGUCUGUGCUUUGGAGACCCAAGUGUAGACAGAACUGGCACAGCUCAGAGCAGACUGAACUUCUUCAGGUUUAUUUCAAUCACAGAUGUGCUCUGAACCUUCUCCCUGGGUCACACGUCUCUGUGGAUCAU